CGGAUUCUCACCACUAUUACGACAGACAAGCUCACAGGAACAAAAUUCUGGAAAUGUUCUAGUCGGCAGAACAGUCCAUUUCGUUUCUCAAGUAUACAGAAGUCAUGGGUCAGAUGUCUGCAGUUUUGUUAUUGACGUGCUUUCUGGCGAUUUCGUGGGCAAACCCCAUCGCCUCUACCAAAGAGGAAGGCGUCGAGACCGAGGACGUUGUAGUGCCAGAUGGAGAGAUUCAGGAUAAAGUUGUUAAAGAGAUUCUUACAGUUCCGGGUACAGUUUCUAACGAAGAAUAUGUUAAAGAUGUAACAAAGACAGAUGUAAAAUCAGAAGACGUAAAGCUCCAAGAUACAGCAGAAAAACAUCCGCGGGACGGAAGAAAUCUUGGCGGCGAACACCACGCCAAUGAAAUCGGAGGAACGAGCCACCAGUCAUCCUCCGAACUGGAAGAAGCUUUGACACAAAAAUUAAACAAGAAAUGCAGUCAGAGGGAUGUGUCUUCUUGCUUUAUGUUGAAGAUGGUAACGUACAUAAACCGAUUGAUCAAGAAAUCAAACAUAGAGGUUUUCGAAGGUUUGCAUAUAACCCAGACGGUGUCAGAAAGCCAAGUCGCAGAUGAAACACAGGUCAUGGACAGUCCGCGAAGUGCAGUGGAGGAUGAUGACGAGACCCAACUAAGUCAACUGAUAUCCAACAAACUAUGGACUUUCGUGAGGACGAGGUCCUUAAGAUGGAGUGUCCUGCCUGACGCCGAUGUCGUCAUGUCGACAAAUCCUGACGAAGAGGGAGAGCUGAAUGUAGGGAUGUCCAUCCGUACAGGCAAAGCGAUUGAGAUGGGCCGCGGGAGAAGGAGAAGGCAGCAGAUGGGACCUCUCAUAGCUGCGGCGAUCAUGAAGUUUGGUUUGCUGGGAGGCCUAGCGUUUAAGGGGCUGGUUCUUCUGGUCGGCAAAGCGCUGCUGGUGAGCAAGAUAGCGCUGCUUCUGGCUGGCAUUCUGUGGCUCAAGAAACUCUUCUCGCAGCAAAAGCACGUCACGUACGAAGUCGUGGCACAUCCGCACCAUUCUCACUCUAACGUGGAGCAUCAUGGCGGCGACUCGUUGAGCUCGGGAUGGGGUCGCAGUUCGGAAGCACACCAACUCGCCUACAGCGGUUAUGCUCCCAACGCCAAGACACAGUGAGGUGAUCAAAAAUCGUCAAGGCUGUUGGUCUAAAUUCUACACAUAUCCCAGAAGACAUUUGAAUGCUCACGUUGUGUUGUGAAUAAAAAUGCUAGUGUGCAUUGA